AUGACAGCCAUUACUUAUAACUCUCUGCUGGCUGUCAGCUUCUUCUGCCUGUUAGCCAUUUCCUCAGCAUGCUACAUCCAAAACUGUCCGAUCGGAGGGAAGAGAUCAGUGCUGGACAUCAUGGACGUCCGAAAGUGCAUUCCCUGUGGUCCAAGAAACAAAGGUCACUGCUUCGGGCCCAGUAUCUGCUGUGGUGAGGAGCUGGGCUGUUACUUUGGUACUUCAGAGACACUUAGAUGCCAGGAGGAAAAUUAUCUGCCCUCGCCCUGUGAGUCCGGGAGGAAACCAUGCGGGAAUAAUGGUGGCAACUGUGCGGCCUCUGGCAUCUGCUGUAACCACGGUGAGAUCCUGCAGAAAAUGUGUAGACAGACUAGUCAGAACCAUUUCAGUAAUUGGUUGAAAAUGGGAAGGAGCCCAAGGCUUACCAUAAAAGAGGGCUCACUAGCAGGGCUGCUAGCAAUGCACUUGGAUAGUUAA